AUGUUAACAUCAUUUGACGUUAGUUUCUACUAUUACUAUUUCCUUCUCCACAUACCAAUUACUUUAUGUAUUGAUUCAUCAGUAGUUAUACCAUUAGAAUGGUAUCCUAACUUACUACAAAAUUUAAUUAAGUUUCAUAUUAACAAUAAUAAUGAUUUCUUAUUGGCUGACAAGCCAUUAUGGCUAGUUAUAUUUGUUUUAAUCGAAUUAGUUGUGCAAUUGCCAUUGUUUGUAUAUUUCACCAUUUAUCUACCUCGAUUAAAACAAGGUGAUAGCAACUUGGCCAACGAUGAUAAAGUUGAGAAGAGAUCAAGACAGGAAUUCCAAUCAAGAUUGAAUUGGUGGUUGAAACUAUAUGGUUUCAAUGCAAGUUUAACUACUUUAAUUUGUAUUGUUGUCAUAUACUUUAACGGUCAUCAAUUGAACAAUGUUGAUAUUGCGAUGACUUUAAAUGAGAAGUUAAGUUUGAUUGGAGUAUAUCUACCAACUUUCUUAAUCCCAUUGAGGCUAUGUUUCAUUUAA